GCCCAUCCGGACACCGACAGCGUGUGCGCUGCCUUGCAGAUCCACCCAGUGAACGAGUCCGAGGCAGCAACCUCCCAAGCAGCCAUCACAGCUGGAGCACAGGAAGCAGCUGCGGCAGCAGCGGGAGGGAGAGGGAGAUCAGACGCGGGCGGGGAGGGAGGUGCGGGUGCUGCAGGGCUGAUGUGGGGGCGGGAGGAGCAGGCAGUGAUGUUCUGCAAGACGCUCACCGCCAGUGACACGUCCACCCAUGGUGGUCUCUCCGUGCCUCGCAAGGCCGCCGAUACCUGCCUCCCUCAACUGGACAUGACGCAGGACAUCCCCUCGCAGAGGCUGAGAGUCGUUGAUAUCUACGGCAACAGCUGGAUCUUCCGCCACGUGUACAGGGGCUCGCCCAAGCGGCACCUACUCACGACCGGGUGGAGCGCAUUCGUCUCCAGCCGAGGGCUUGUGGCGGGUGACAGGGUUCUGUUCGUGCGGGGCCAGGACGGUUACCUCAAGGUCAGCAUCAGACGGAAGACUGUGCCACCUGUCGCCACGCCAUUGGCCUACGGAAUGUUCGCGAGCGGCACGGGAGGCAGCAGCAUGGGGGCAGGGGGCAUGGAUGUGGAGGGAACGGUGCGCAUGGCCACAAUGGCCUAUGAGCGCCGAUGCCCCUUAACUGUUGUGUUCCACCCUCGGCUGCCGGGCUGUGCGCCCUUCCUCAUCCCGCUCUCCGCCUUCUGCCUCUCUCUCCUGCGCAAGCAGCACCUGCGCUGGGGGUCAGAGCUCCGAGCGCCCUUUGAGGCUGAAGACUUCACCAUGCGGAGACCUCUCAUGGCCAAUUCGUUCCCUUCCCCUGCCCCCCCCGUGCCUUCGUUCCACCCACCAAUGCCACCGGGGCUGAAGGCUGCGAGGCAUAGUGGCAGGAGUGGGGAGCACCUCCUCUGUGUGGCCGCUCUCGCAGUGGCGCUCAGUCAAGGCAAUAGCCCUCACGCCUUUCCUCCUCCAGAACGCACUGAAGCAGUUGUUGCUGCUGACACAGUGGCUAGGAUCACUGGUUCAGCGGACAGGCCGCUCAAUGAGCAAAUGCCACGUGGAACCUCCUCAGAGGCCGAAUGGCUAGCCAUUGGGCAGCAGGGAGGAAGAAACUUGCCCGAUUGGCUAGACGGGGUGGAGCGGAGGAGGGGUGGGGAGAAAGCAGAGACGGGAGAGAGGGAAAUGGAGAGUGAAGACGGGGAAGAGGAUAGAGCCAAGGGGGCGAAUGAGAAGAGGACGAGGGAGAGGAGGGCGUUGGUUGUGGUGUAUGGUGAGGGGGGGCUUGGGCGAGAGGAAGAGGUUGUGGUGUUCAGAGAAGGGUGCCUGAUUGCGCGCACCGUGUACCUCUCGCUCUUCUCCGACUUCCCCGCCCUCCAUGCACACAUCGCUGCCAUGUUUGGCCCGGCGCUCAAGGCAGGCAGGGAAGCGAGGGUGCGUGCACACGGCACCGAGGCUAAGGGCACUGGAGGACAGGCUAGUGGAGCUGCUGCGGGUGCUGCUUCUGGUACGGGCGGUGCUGAUACUGCUAGUGGCACGACAGAUGGUGGUGACGUGCUGGCAGGGUGGCGCUUGGUGUAUGAAGACAGCGAUGGGGACACGCUGCUGGUGGGGGACGGAACAUGGACGUAA